AACAGAGAGGACACAUGUUUCCCGCAAUGUUCAUGCAGAAGCCAGACAAAGCCGUGGCACUCAAGGAAUUCAAGAGCCAUGUUGCUUUAUUUGGCGCCUGUGUCGUUCUGAUCCGUUCUGCUACGUACGUCCUCUCUUAUUUUUCUGAUUCGAUGGAAGAGCUCAAGAUCGACCUUUAAGUUUCCAUUCCACUAUAUUUAGUUUUUUCAGUGGUGAAGCAAAGAGAGAUGGAUGCAGCGGUUCUUGAUGUCCUGUGUUCAUUUACACAAUCUUGUUUAGGAUUUGUUUAGCCAAACUGAGAGAUGGUCAUAGAAAUUAUAAUUUGUGUUUUCAAGGAUUAAUUA